AUGUCAACACUGCCUUUUAAAAACAAGCUUGUUACUUUGCUGUGUUGCAAAUUCUGUGACAAUAUAUUGUGUGCUCGAGGCAUGAGGGCAGUCCUGCUCUCAGACACAGACGUAGAACUGUACUCGACUGAUAUUCCCCCCACAAGGGCCGUGGACUUCGUUGGAAAUUGCUACUCCACAGAAAGCUGCAAGUGUAAAAUAAAGGAUAUUGCAUGUUUAAAAUGUGGCAAUGCUGUAGGCUACCAUGUGGUUGUCCCAUGCAAACCCUGUUUGCUUUCCUGUAACAAUGGGCAUUUCUGGAUGUUUCACAGCCAGGUGAUCUACGCUGUUAAUAGACUGGAUUCCUCUGGUGUUGAUUUUCUUCUAUGGGGGAACUUGCCAGAUACAGAGGAUGAAGAGAAUGAAUCUGAUCUAUUUGAAGAGGAAUGUAUCAGAUAA